AUAUGUGAAGAAACACAUUGUUUUAAGUAAACACGUUGUGCAGUAUGGCAACGUGAAAAUGUUCAAGGAAAGCGCGUAUUUUGUUUCUGACCGGACUUUUUUUGUGUUUCCGGUCUUGCCAAGCGGCGUGGUGAAGAAAUCGAGUGGGACAAAAUGCAGGACCCCAAUGAGGACACAGAGUGGAACGACAUCCUGAGGAAGAAAGGGAUUCUACCCCCGAAAGAGGUCCCUAAAGACGAUGAGGAGGAGGAAGAGUUGGCUCGCCAGCAGCAGUCUGUCGUGAAAACGUAUGAAAACAUGACGCUGGAGGAGCUGGAGGAGAACGAAGACGAGUUUGAAGAAGAGGACGAGGCUGCCAUUGAGAUGUACAGACAGAAGCGUUUGGCUGAGUGGAAGACGACACAGAAGAAGAAUGUGUUCGGGGAAAUGAUGGAGAUCUCCGGUCAGGAUUACAUCAACGAGGUCAACAAGGCGGGAGAUGGCAUCUGGGUGGUGCUGCACCUCUACAAGCAAGGCAUCCCUCUGUGCGCCCUGAUCAACCAGCACCUGAGCGCACUGGCCCGCAAGUUCCCUCAGACCAAGUUCCUCAAGUCCGUCUCCAGCACCUGCAUCGCCAACUACCCCGACAGAAACCUGCCCACUGUCUUCGUCUACUGCGACACCAACAUGAAGGCGCAGUUCAUCGGGCCGCUCGUCUUUGGCGGCAUGAACCUGACUCUAGAAGAGUUGGAGUGGAGGCUGUCCGAGUCGGGCGCGGUCAAGACGGAUCUGGAGGAGAACCCCCACAAGCCAAUCUACAACCAGAUGAUGUCGUCCAUCAGGUGCUCGGUCCCAAUGCGCAACCACAGGGAUGACUCAGAUGAAGAUUAAGACCUCCCCCACCCUUCUUUUUUCAAACAACACAUUUUAGACCUUAUUAUUUAAAUCCACUGCCAAAACCUCUGUCGUGUAAACAAUCAUGUACUCACACAAAUUGACAUUAAACUCAUUUUUAUCAA